ACACAAAUAUAAUAAAAUACAAAAUUACUUCUUAUCACAUUCAAAAAUAUCCAUCGCUCUUUGCUCUGCUUACCGAGCUUGACACUCUCCAAUCCAAUGGCGACGCAUUUCCCCACAACAUACUCACGCGCCGUCGCACGCGCCUCCAUUCCACCUCCCAAUGAACCCAAACUAGAAUACCCAUUUACCAUUUCCACCAAAAAAUUACAAAGCCAUUGGAAAUUAAACCAAAGAAGAAGGAAGAGUUCAAGAAUCAAGGUGUCAGAUGAUGGCAAAGAUUCAUAUUUGGAUAUGUGGAAGAAAGCAGUGGAUCGUGAGAGGAAAUCUAUUGAGUUUCAAAAAAUAGCUGAGAACACUGCUGCUGAUGAAGAAGAAGAAGUGAAAGAAGAAAACCCAGAGGUGUUGGAGAAGAAGAGCAAUGAAUUCAACAAGAUUCUUGAAGUUUCAUCCGAGGAAAGAGAUAGAAUUCAAAGAAUGCAGGUAGUUGAUCGUGCUGCUGCUGCCAUUGCUGCUGCCAGGGCAUUGCUUCAGGAGAAUCCUGUGCCAAAGAAGGAUAGCAUUUCGGUUGAAUUGAAAGCUAAUGGUGGUGGAGCUGAGGAAAAUCAACAACAAGGACCGCAGAAUGUCAUCUCCAUUGUGCCUAAAUCAGGAACAAUUAUGGGAACACCAGGUCCAAGCUUCUGGUCCUGGACACCUCCUUCAGAUAGUUCUUCUGAUGACAUUCAGAUGAAAUCAGAUGGGUCUCUGACUCCAGACCCACUAAACCCUGUGAUAGAGAAAGAACGAUCUCCAGAUUUUCUAUCUAUCCCAUUUCAGAGUGCUAUGGUUGAUAGCAAACAUAGUCCUCCCCUUCCGCCUCUUCAAUCACAUUUAGAGGUUGAAAAUUUGGAUGCUUCCAGCUCAACACCUGAGAUACCUCACCAGGAGGAGGAACGUGAACUUGGCAUUCUGUUCUCCGCAAAUGCAGCAGAAGCAGCUUAUGCUCUUAGCCAGGAAAACGAGGCAUCAUUCCAGGGAAUCAAUCCUGAUGGAUCAAGAUGGUGGAAGGAGACGGGGACUGAACAAAGACCUGAUGGGGUGGUCUGCAAGUGGACGCUAACCAGGGGCGUUAGUGCUGAUAAAACUGUUGAAUGGGAAGACAAGUAUUGGGAAGCUGCUGAUGAAUUUGGUCAUAAGGAACUAGGUUCGGAGAAGUCGGGACGAGAUGCUGCUGGAAAUGUGUGGCAUGAGUUCUGGAAAGAAUCAAUGUGGCAGAGUGGUGGGCUUGUCCACAUGGAGAAAACUGCAGAUAAGUGGGGAAUGAAUAAGAAAGGUGAGGAGUGGCAGGAGAAAUGGUGGGAGCACUAUGGUGCUGGCGGCCAAGCGGAGAAAUGGGCUCAUAAGUGGUGCAGUAUUGAUCCAAACACACCCCUUGAAGCCGGUCAUGCUCAUGUUUGGCAUGAAAGGUGGGGUGAGAAGUAUGAUGGGAAAGGCGGCAGCACAAAGUAUACAGAUAAAUGGGCUGAGCGCUUUGAGGGAGAUGGUUGGGUGAAAUGGGGUGAUAAAUGGGACGAGCACUUUGAUCUAAAUGCACAUGGCGUCAAGCAAGGGGAGACAUGGUGGGCAGGCAAAAAUGGAGAGCGUUGGAACCGCACUUGGGGAGAGGGGCACAAUGGUUCGGGAUGGGUGCACAAGUAUGGAAAGAGCAGCAGUGGGGAGCACUGGGACACCCAUAUAAAUGAAGAAACAUGGUAUGAGAGAUUCCCUCAUUAUGGUUUCUACCAUUGCUUUGAGAACUCAGUCAAACUCCGUGAAGUCAAAAGACCUUCUGAAUGGCCGUGAGGAGUAGUUUUUUGUGCUUUUGAUACUAUCGACCAGGGAUCAACGUAAAAUACAGAACAUAUUAUAUGUUUUUCGUUCAGCUAUUAUGAAAAGAGUGUUAUAGUGUACGUGCUUUCUGAUGUUAGUUCAACUCUUGUAAGAUAAGUAGUAGGAGCAUAUUUUAAACAAAGAAGUUGCCUAUGUUGCUAUAAUAUUUGCUCAGAAAGGCAUAAUACCAUGUGGAAUUUCCUCCCGUG